UUUCAAUUCUAUGGUCCAUAUGUCACCGUCCUUCUCCAUCCCAACCACCGUCUCACCGGCUUCUCUCGCCGGAAUUCUCGUAUCUAACUCAACGACAGUUUUUGGUAAUGUAAAUUGGAAGAACAACGAUGUUAACAAGACGAAUAGGAAUCUAAAGUAUAGAGUUUGUUCUGUAUCUGGAGGUUAUAACACAUCUGUGGAGAAUGUACCGUUUCCUGGUGAUUACUUCGAGCUCCUUAACCAAGCCAAACAAGCAGUUGAAUUGGCUUUGAAAGACGAGAAACAGUUAAUGGAAAUUGAGUUCCCAACAUCUGGUCUUGCAUCUGUUCCAGGUGAUGGUGAAGGAGCGAAUGAAAUGACAGAAAGUAUAAAUAUGAUACGCGAGUUUUGUGACCGCUUAUUAUCCCCUGAGAAGGCUCGAAGCACAAGAAUAUUCUUCCCGGAGGCAAACGAAGUCAAGUUUGCUCAAAAGACCGUCUUUGGAGGAACUUACUUUAAGUUGGACUAUCUGACAAAGCCUUCUCUUUUUGAGGACUUUGGUUUCUUUGAGAGAGUUAAAAUGGCGGAUCGGGUAAAGCCAGAAGACGAGCUGUUCCUUGUCGGGUACCCAUAUUUUAACGUCAACGAGAUGCUCGUAGUGGAAGAGCUCUACAAGGAAGCUGUUGUGAACACUGACCGAAAACUAAUCAUCUUCAAUGGAGAACUUGACCGCAUCAGAUCAGGCUACUAUCCGAAGUUCUUUUACCCAAAACUGGCUGCACUGACCGAGACGCUUCUUCCGAAGAUGGAGACAGUCUACUACAUCCACAAUUUCAAGGGACCGAAAGGAGGUGUCCUUUUCAGAUGCUAUCCAGGUCCAUGGCAAGUCCUGAGGAGGACAAGGAACGGUUGCAUCUGUGUUCAUCAGCAAGAAACCAUGCCUUCUCUCAAGGAAGUUGCCCUUAACAUUCUUGCAAGGAAUCGUCGGCCGCUCAAACACAGUAGGGGAAAAAUGGUGUCAGGAUCAGGUAUAUGCUCGAAGCGCGUGGUCGUCGACGCGCGCCACCACAUGCUGGGGCGAUUGGCGUCGAUCGUCGCCAAGGAGCUCCUCAAUGGCCAGAAGGUUGUCAUUGUUCGGUGCGAGGAGAUUUGUCUCUCCGGUGGACUUGUCCGCCAGAAAAUGAAGUACAUGAGGUUCCUUCGCAAACGUAUGAACACCAAGCCUUCCCAUGGACCCAUCCACUUCCGUGCUCCCUCCAAAAUCUUCUGGCGUACCGUUCGCGGUAUGAUUCCACACAAAACAAAGCGUGGAGCAGCUGCACUUGCCCGCUUGAAGGUAUUUGAAGGUGUCCCUACUCCUUAUGACAAGAUCAAGAGGAUGGUCAUCCCCGAUGCUCUCAAGGUCUUGAGGCUUCAAGCUGGACACAAAUACUGCUUGUUGGGUCGCCUAUCUUCUGAAGUCGGGUGGAACCAUUACGACACCAUCAAGGAGCUGGAGACGAAGAGGAAGGAGAGAGCUCAUGUGGUUUACGAGCGAAAGAAGCAACUCAACAAACUUAGAGCCAAGGCCGAGAAGGUCGCUGAAGAGAAACUCGGAGCACAGCUCGAAAUUCUUGCACCAGUUAAGUACUGAGCUCUUGUUCAUGACUAGUUUGUCUUUUGCAUGUUUUGAGUCGACCUACUACUUUUUUACUCUUACUUAGGUGUUGUAUCGCAACUUUGUCCUUAUAUUUUCAAUCUUGAGUUCCAAUUUAUUUUAUAUCGUUCAUCAUUAUUAAAAGUCAUGGUAAAAUCGCGUAAUUAAAAAAAAAAUCUAGACAACAAUAAUGAUAUUUCGAAUUUUAAAGGUA